AUGCGACCGCCUAUCGACACCGAUUACCCUGCAGUCUCGGCAGAGUUUUGCCCUGCUCUGGGCUUUCGGAAUGUGUUAGCUUGUGGCACGUAUAGAUUACAGUCUGCAUCCGAAAGUACUUCCGGACGGUCAAAACAGACCAGAGUUGGCAGAUGCCUCAUUUAUAAAGUGCACACAGAAGGUGGCGAAGAUGAAUUGCUCGAACAGGUGCAGGACAUAGAAAUGCCUGGCAUCCUGGAUAUGAAAUGGUGUCAUCAACCAGAGGACUCCGCUGCUGUCCUCGGCAUAGCUGAUGCCGACGGAUUCAUCAGUCUACAUCAAUGGAAUUUAGAUGAAGGGCACUUGAAUAAGCUGCACUCCACUUCGCUAGGAGAGUCCGAUGCGCUCUGCCUAUCUCUGGAUUGGUCGAACCGUUGCUUCCCCUCACGCGAUUUAGGCUCUGUAGUGGUCUCCUUGUCCGACGGCACCCUCUCCAUCCUCAAACCGGAGAAUUCAACGGGCUUAGUGCAAGUCGAGUCAUGGUCCGCACAUGACUUCGAACCGUGGAUAGCUGCUUGGAAUUAUUGGGAUGACAACAUUAUAUAUUCAGGUGGCGACGACGCCAAGUUGAAGGGAUGGGACAUCAGACAAGGCUUCGAAAACUCUACGUUCGUGUACCAAAGGUUCGACGCCGGAGUCACCGCAAUCCAGAGUCACCCAUACGUCGAGCACCUUUAUGCAGUUGGGAGCUACGACUCUACUAUUCGUCUUUUCGACUCUCGUAAGCCCUUGCAACCCCUCCAGCGGGUAGACGUUGGGGGCGGGGUAUGGCGAGUGAAGUGGCACCCAUCUGCAGAGCGGAAACAUGACCUGCUAGCUGCGUGUAUGCACGAUGGCUUCAAGGUCCUCCACUUCGAGGAAGGUUCAGAGAGUGGAUUCGGGAGCGCAAGUAUUUCGAAACGGUAUGACGAGCAUGGGUCGCUAGCCUAUGGCGUGGAUUGGUGUUACUCACAAGACGGGAGAAGCAAGGAAGGACAGAGUACUCUGAUAGCCAGCUGCUCCUUCUACGACCAUUCUUUACACCUUUGGAGGGGAUGA